AUGGAACCACCCUUCACUACCCCGAAUGCUGUUAACGGCUCAGCGGAUCAGUCCUUGCCCUUGACAUCCACUUCCUUCUCCCAGUCAGCCGAGUCCGUCGAAUGCCACAACUCCGAAGCGUCAAAUAUUACGUCCUCAAUUCGCCAUGUGGAAGUUCAAGCCGCAGCUUCCGUCACCGAACCUUUGCCAGAACGUCCGCUAGUUCCUUCAAGCCAGGCCGACUGGGAGGCCCGAAAACAGAUCAUCCGGGAGCUCUACAUGGACCAAAACAAGAUUUUGAACGAAGUCAUUGAGGUCAUGUUGACCAAACACAAGUUCAAAGCAACUGCGAGAAUGUACAAAGGCCAGUUUGCGAAAUGGAAGUGGACCAAGUACAACAAAACUAACAGCAACGCAUUGUUGAAAUCGGCAAAGUCGAGGGUCGCAAAAAGGAGGAGCGCGAGGACCAGGGAACAGCCGCCCCAUGCCCGCGGUUACCUCCCAUACUUCAGCGACGACGAAUUCCAGGUCGAAAUUACACUCAGCGCGUACGCCGCCCUAAUAACCCACUGGUCCGAGCGCGAGACGCCCUGGAAAACCGAUGAUUCAACUCUCGGGGGCCGGUCCAGCACGGAGCUGUUCGGGCCGCGGGACAACUCGAUCCUGCAGCACGUGCGUUCCGCCCAGGACCACUUCCUGGCCGGCCGUCCGCACCAAGGCGGUGACAUGCUCCGGCGCGCGUUCCUCGGCAUCGAAGCGGCCCUCGACCCGGAGCGCAGCGGCAGCCUCGACAUCGAAGCCCUCUGGGACUGCUGCCUGGCCGUACCCCAGCUGGUCCUCACCAUGGGUUGGACCGACAUCCUGUCCAUCUUUUGCCGGUACCUGCACAGCUACACCCGCAUCAAGCUCCCGCACCACCCCAUCACGAGGGUGGCCGCCUCCCUGCAGCGGCUCGCCCUCCAGACGACAACCGCAACAACAACGACACCAACGUCAACAACAGUUACAGGAGGAGCAGCUGCCAACUGGCAGCACCUCCAAGCUUUCAUCUCGCGCGCCUGGCAUAUCUGGAUUGACUGCGUCAGCCGGGUACGAGGCGACCACGACGACGUAACCAUCCACCUCAAGCGCGGCUACGUGACGCUCGUCGACCCGACGCACGCCAUGGCGGGCGACAUCAUCGCGUCCUUCCGGACCACCGUGACGCAAUCCCUCGCCCACCGGGGCGCGUUCGCGACAACCUCUCGGAUUCUCGAACUCGAAGACUUGCUCGUGCGCAUGUACGUCCCGCUGUUUACGCCCGCCACGGCGCGACGGGCCGAGGAGAUUUUGAGGGGGCUGAAGGAACGGAUUGAGCGGAAGGAGGGGAAUCGCGGGAGGAGGGUGGAUCAGUGGGAUUAUGUCGAUCGGUAUCUGGUGUUUAGCGCGUAUUAUUUCAUGGCGAGCAUUGCCGAAUAUACGGGCCAGAGGGACAAGGCGGCUGUGUAUCGGUGGAAGAGCUUGGAUUCGGGCAGGGAUUUGUUUUGGCUGCAGACGUCGUUGUUGGUCGAGUCUAGGCUCAGAACUGAGGGGCUCGACGCCGAGGCGAAUGCCAUCUUGGAGGCGAGGGUUGAGACACAGGAGAGCUUGAACGUGUUGCCCGGGUGUGGAAAUGGAGAGGGCUGGGGCAUCACGGGUCAGAUUGUCUAGGGGGGUGGUGCUGGCGUUUGAAUUUCU